GCAGCUGGAGGUCGGCUUCACAGCCCUGCGCUUCUCAAUUCACGUUUUUUUUUCUUUCCUAAAGUGUCUGCUGGAGGGUGGAGAUUAAAAGAAAAAAAAAAGGGGGUGGAGAUGCUUAAAAGGGUCAAGAUCGUCCCUUAAGAUGGAUAGGGGUAGGGAAUGUCAUCGCAAAGAAAGAAGACAAUGACAUCGAGCUAUGGUGCUCUGCAAACUUGUGCCUAGUCUUAGCCUGGCACCUCCAUCCUUCCAAGCGAGCACUGGAGAACAAUAGUGAGCUGGAAGCUGGGGGAGAACAAGUGUGCCAGGGAGGAGAACACACCAGGGCUGUAUAAAUGGACACUGAUAUGGACUACGAAAGACCGAAUGUUGAAACCAUCAAGUGUGUGGUCGUGGGAGACAAUGCAGUGGGCAAAACCCGGCUUAUCUGCGCAAGAGCAUGCAACACUACGUUAACUCAAUACCAGCUGCUGGCCACCCACGUACCUACAGUAUGGGCAAUAGAUCAGUAUCGAGUAUGUCAAGAGGUCCUUGAACGCUCCCGGGACGUUGUUGAUGAAGUGAGUGUAUCUCUCAGGCUGUGGGACACCUUUGGGGAUCAUCACAAGGACAGGCGUUUUGCCUAUGGAAGAUCUGAUGUGGUUGUCCUUUGUUUCUCAAUUGCAAAUCCAAAUUCCUUAAACCAUGUGAAAACAAUGUGGGCUCAGGAGAUCAAGCAUUUUUGCCCCCGCACACCUGUCAUUCUUGUUGGCUGCCAGCUGGACCUCCGUUAUGCCGAUCUUGAAGCUGUUAACAGAGCAAGACGACCGUUGGCAAGACCAAUAAAAAGGGGAGACAUUUUGCCACCAGAAAGGGGACGAGAAGUUGCCAAGGAACUUGGGAUCCCAUAUUACGAAACCAGUGUUUUUGACCAGUUUGGUAUAAAGGAUGUGUUUGACAAUGCAAUCAGGGCUGCCUUGAUCUCCAGGAGACAUCUUCAGUUUUGGAAGUCCCAUCUGAAGAGAGUUCAAAAACCUUUACUACAAGCUCCAUUCCUUCCCCCCAAAUCACCCCCACCAGUAAUAAAGAUCCCCGAAUCCAGUGAGUCUAACAUUAAUGAUGCUGGAGAUUUACUGGACAAUCCUUUGUGUGCAGAUGUCAUGUUUGUCCUUCAGGACCAAAAACAGAUCUUUGCUCAUAAAAUUUACCUUGCUACCUCCUCUUCAAAAUUUUAUGACCUUUUUUUAAUGGAACACGAAGAGUCUCAAACCCCUGUGGAAAGGUUCUGCAAGAAGGAAAAACCUACGAAGGAUUUGUUGCUGCGGACAUUAAGCCUUGAUACAGAUGAGGACACUGAUGCAGCUUCUUUGAAACCAUCAAAUGUCUCUCUCCGGAUUUCUAGAAGUGAUGAUACAUUGCUAACUUCAGAUUGUGGUGAGGAAGGUUGUGUUUCCUUAUCAUCUUGGAGCAAAGGCUUUCAUAGUAUGCACCAAGAACUGAUGGUCAACCAAGUCUCUAACAGGACUUGCUUAAUGACUGUGGUCCGAAUGGACUCCUCUAUACAGUAUGGGCCUUUUAAAACUGUGUUACAGUUUCUAUACACGGGACACUUAGAUGAAAAUGAAAAAGGUUUGAUGCGUGUAGCACAAAUUGCAGAAAUUCUAGAAGUGUUUGAUUUGCGAAUGAUGGUAGAGAACAUCACAAACAAAGAAGCCUUUAUGAACCAGGAGAUUACAAAAGCAUUUCACGUCAGGAAAGCGAAUCGAAUCAAAGAAUGUCUCUCCAAGUCAACCUUCUCUGAUGUGACAUUUAAAUUGGAUGAUGGAAGCAUCAAUGCCCAUAAGCCGCUGCUAAUCUGUAGCUGUGAAUGGAUGGCUGCAAUGUUUGGAGGUUCUUUUGUGGAAAGUUCAAAUAAUGAGGUCACCCUACCUAAUGUAAGCAAAUCAUCAAUGCAAGCUGUAUUAGACUAUCUCUACACCAAGCAGUUGUCCUGCACGUCGGACAUGGACCCACUGGAGCUUGUUGCACUGGCAAAUAGAAUCUGCCUUCCACGUUUGGUGUCUCUCACCGAACAACAUGCUGUGCAGGAACUGACCAAGGCUGCGGUGAACGGGGUGGAUAUUGAUCAGGAAGUGCUGACCUAUCUGGAAAUUGCUCAGUUCCACAAUGCACAUCAGCUGGCAGCCUGGUGCCUGCACCACAUCUGUACUAACUACAACAGUGUCUGCUCCAAAUUGCGGAAAGAAAUAAAAUCUAAAUCAGCAGAAAACCAGGAAUAUUUUGAAAGACACCGUUGGCCACCAGUUUGGUACUUAAAAGAGGAAGACCACUACCAGAGAGUGAAGAAGGAGAGGGAGAAGGAAGACCACAUCCUUAAUAAACAUCGCUCAAAGCGCAAGUGGUGCUUCUGGAACUCUUCAUCAGCGGCCUUUGCCUAAGCAGUGACUUGAAAACACAUGUAAAUGAAUAUUGUCUUAAUGUUAUAACAAGCUGUACAGUAGUUAUCUUCGAAGCACUGAUAUGAAUCCACAUGUGUGCAUUUGUUGUUUUUUAUAAGAUCAAAGCACAAUUUCACUUCAAGCAGGUCAAAAAAAAAAAAAAAGCUUGUUACCUUUAUCUGGCGGGGGUCCUUGCAGACCCUUGUAUCACAGGAGAGGGAUUAAUGCAUUGGCAUUGACAGGCAAAAUAAAUGGUCAUUAUGAUCGCUAUAAACAUACAUAUAAAAGGCGAUAUACACGAUGUUCAAUACAGGGAUCUUUCUCAUUUUGGAACAAAUGUGUCGAGUUAGACUAAGCCAAUACAUGGAUGAGUGCUCACUCACAAUAAUGGUAUGUUGUAGAGCACAAGCGCCACCUCCUCAUCUAGUACUGUGAGUUGUUAUUUUUUUUAAAGAAACUCUGUAUCAACAUUGUGUAGCAUCCGGGCUAGUAUGUCAAGCUAACCUUAGUCGUGGAAAGCUCGACAAUCAUGUUAAAACCUAACUGUCUGUGCAUACGUUUCUGCUUAAAGCUUUCGGAAACCAGAAAAUCUUCAGAUUCAGGUAUUUUUUUAAAUUAAUAAAUUGCACGAUCUUUAUAACAAUCAGUCAAAGCAAUGCAGAAGGCAGAAGUCAUAGUCAACGCUUGUAGUAAGAGUUGCCCAGAUUAUUCCUUGAGUGCCACUAGCCAGACAAGAGGUCAUUUCUACUAAACCUUACUUUACUGAAAACCUGAAAAUGUAGGUCACUGGAAUUAACCUCAGUGUGAAACUUCCUCCAUCUCACCCUUAAAGAUAUUACAGGAAUCAAGGUGAAACAUAUCUUGGAAGAGGAAACAUGGUGUAACAUGUCCACCUGGCAGUUGGCUUGGGUGGCACCAUGAUGCAUUGGGGUCUAAAACCAUCUUGUUUUAAAUAUCUUUACAGCACUCCAAAGUUGCUUUUCUUCCUAGAUCCACCUAGUAAACUAAAAUGGUUCCUACAGUUUCAGGUUUUGAGUAUUACAAGGCUUUUAACUUUUUAGUAUACCUCGAAAAUCAGGCUACUAUAUCAUUUUCAAGAAGUGGGCACAAAAGGCAUGGCUUAGCAUAUAUUACAAGCCAUUUUUCAAUUGUCUGCUUGCUGGCUAAAAGUAUUUAAAAUUGGAAUCAUUGAUGCUGUUUAGGUCAAAACAGAUGAAAAAUAAGUAAAUGUUGACAAAAAAAAUCACUUUUCAAUUAAAAGGAAAGUAAUUUUUACAGAAAACAGUAAUAUUCAACCUAUACACUACAACCGAGCAAUGACCAGGUUUCUCUCUUCACGGGAAACGAUUUUUAUACUGUCUUACUUGGAAUAUAAUAAUAUUCUGUAUGUGAAAUGCCUAUGCGAGGUUAGAAUAUUAAACACAGAAGGGCUUUUUUUCACAGGGAAAUGCAGGGUACAUUACACACCCUACUUGCAAGAAAAUGUGUUACUGUCAUUUGUGACCUAAAAUAUGUACUUAUCUUGUGGUAUCAUCCAUUUAUAACACAGUGGUCUUCCACCUUCAGUGCGGUCUAGUGGUGGUUUAAUGUGGACCUGUACAGAAUUUUACUAAAGUACUGUAUGAUGUAUACUGUGAAAAAACAGAGAGAAUGUUGGACUUCUCUUCUUACAUUCUUUUGUGAUUUGAAUCAUUCCCAUUCUCUUGUACAUAUUUAUUAAAGCCACCUACCAUCUAAAGGCUAGGUUUGCAGCCUAGUAAAAAUAAUUCAGAGUCCAGCCAGUUGGUUGGCUUGAAGUUUAUGACAUCACUUCAUGUCUCAGUGAUGUCAUUUCCUUCUGUAUUGAUACAAAACUGAGAGAGACUAUUUGGCCCAUUUAUGAGUGGCUACAUCAGUCUUUGAUUGUUGUCAGGUCCACUUAAAAUUCUGGGUUUUCACAGGUGUUUUUUUUAAGACAAAAUGCCAGGAUGUCACAUACCGUAGCCGAGUGGAUUUCAUAGCAUUUCACUGAAACACUGUGCCCAGGAUGGGCAUAUGAGCCUCCCCUUUGUUACUUAGUGAAUAUGCUUCCUGUGUAUCAGUAUUUCCUUCUCUUCCCUUUCUUCACUUAUUUAAAUUGAUUGUUGUGUGAAUUUUCAGUGUUAAUUAUAUGACAAAAAAAAAAAUAUGAAUAUUGUUGAAGGAGGAUCAAAGCUGCUCCUGGACCAAUAUAUCACAAUGCAUAUCGUAGCAGAUAAAUAGUUUUAGUUGCUAUCCAAUAGUUUUGUGGUAUUUAAGCCCCACAAAACCUAAUAUAAAGGUGGAUCACUAUUGUAAGAAGGCACUAAAAAGAGAUUGUAAACCUAAAUUACAAGUCCUAUGCGGAAAGACUCCUGGUAACAUUCACAAAGUACAAUUCUUUACCCAAUCCCAUGCUGCCCCGGACAUUGAGAUCCCGGACAUUGUGCCUAUUCACUCUAAAUAUCACAAUUUGCUUACUUACAGGAACCUAGGUCUCCUUAUGAACCUAUGUCUAUGUAUAUAUAGUAGCUAUUAAGUAUCUGAGAGGUUCUGGAAGAUUUUCCUUGUAUUUGUGAAUGUUAUAAAUAAGUCUUCCAUAUAAAAUGUAAAGUAUUUUAGGCACAGUGGCCUUUUAUAUAAAAAUAAAUUCCCUAGCCUGGCCCCUAUGCUUCUCCUAACGUUAACGCAGACUAUGACUUAAUCACAAGUGUACUUGAGAACAUAACUGGACACAACACAAUCUGAGAUGCCUCUAUGAAACUAUUUCUCAAGAAUACUCAAGAAUAUUCUGCCUUGUCUUGCAUUGUAUUAUAAAUCAAGUCUGGGUAUAAAUAUAGACUAUAGGACACUUUUAUUUAUUUUUAAGCUGUGCACUAUGUAUACUACAAGUAUUGGUCUAGUUAUAUGAUGCAUUCAAUAACGCUUAGAUGUCAAUACAAUCCUGGGAUGGGUAAACCCCCUGUAAUGCCCAGGAACACCUAAAGCCAGCUGUGGUCAGCUCCACCCUAUUUCCCUAGGACUGUUUACUAUGUUUUAGCCAUGCUCUAAAGUUGUGCUAAGCCACAGCGACCAAUCAGACAUUUGCAUUUUAAAUGUUACUGACACUAGGCCAAUGUAAGGUCAUUACUGAUUGGUUGUUGUAUCAAUGUUAGAAAAUAGUUUUAUAGAUGGCAAAAACCAUUUCGGAAUUUUAAGUGCUAAUGUGAGAAGAUCAGUCAAAAUAUGUAUCAAAGGGGGUUAAACAAUGAGAAUCUGUCAAGGAAGGACAUGCUGAACAUGGAAACCUCCGGACCAUAUGCAAAAUAAAGAUCUAUUGCAUUCUGGGUCAUUUUGGUUUUUGCACCUGAUAUCUUACCACAUAGGAAACGGUCCGUAGGUCCAAUUGUCCAGGCUUUGACCUGUGUCCACAGAAACAUUGCAACAAUAAAUGUGUCUUACCAUGACAGAUUGUAAUUUUGGGACCCAUUUGUGAGGUGAAGACUGGCUUGUAAGUUAGGCCUCAUAAAAUCUAAAUUCAGUACUUACCCCAGAGUUGCAGAAAGCCAUAACAUUAGUAAAAUUCAGGUUUUGACAGGGGUUCAAUGUUGGAAAAUGUCAUUCUCUUUUUAGCAUUGUAGUAAAAGGUGCUAUAAAAACGGGAUAACCCUGUUCUAAUAUACCAGCAAAAAUAACCAACAAAAUGUGCGCUCUGCGCAAUGGAUUCAUCAGAAAGUAUGUAUUGUUGAACUGGGGAAAGGAAAUAUGUCCAUGUAGGCUAUGUGAAGUUGGGUGUUGUAGGACUGAAAACCUAAAUCCACACCUUGAUGUCUGCCGUGACCCUUAGGAAUAAAGUAACAGUCGUUGAUUUUACACAACCAAAGCUCAGUUUGUAAACUUGCCAAAUGCUACAACUAAAUGAACGCACCUGGGGUAUAUGCAAUAAUAUCCUGUUGUAAUCUUAAAUGUCAGUUUAUUUAACCAAGUGGCUGGUUCAUUUGGUUAAUACAGCCUAUGGCCUUUAUCUUUGUGGUUAUUUUAUGUUUUUAAUUUUGCAAAAAAAAAAAAGAAAGAAAAUGUCAAUAAACUUGUUUAAAUAUA